AUGCAUCUUCGUGGAGUUUUCCGUGCGGCAAAACUACCAAGAGGCCAAGGCGCGAUCGGCACCAAGUGGGUGUUCAAGAUCAAGCGCAAAGCGGAUGGAUCGGUCGAGAAAUACAAGGCGCGUCUCGUUGCCAAGGGCUUCAAGCAGAAGUACGGCAUCGACUACACAGAGACGUUCUCGCCCGUGGUCAAGUACGUGACACUGCGUAUGGUGAUCGCGAUCACCAAGUAUUUCGACUGGCCACUGGACCAACUCGAUGUGGUGACAGCCUUUCUCUACGGAGUGAUGAAGGAGAAGGUGUACUGCGUGAUACCAGAAGGCGUCGAGAUGGAUGGCGACUUCGACUGUCUCGAGUUGGUGAAGGCGAUCUACGGUCUCAAGCAAGCUUCACGUGUGUGGAACGAGACUUUCGACGAGUUCGUAUGCUCUAUCGGUUUCGAAGCGUCGGCGUUCGACCCAUGUCUCUACAUCAAGGUUGUAGACGGUCACUGUGUGCUCGUGCUGGUCUACGUGGAUGACGUGUUGGUCACCGGCAGCUCGCUCGAGUUGAUUGCGCAGACGAAGGCCGACCUCAAGACGCGUUUCGAGAUGACCGACAGUGGCAAGUGUACUUUUGUACUGGGCAUCGAACUGGUGGACGAAUCGGAUGGCAGCGUGACGAUGUGCCAGCGACGGUAUGUCAACGACAUCCUCAAGCGCUUCGGCAUGGAUGAGUGCAAGGCCACAGCAAGUCCGGUCGACUUGAGCACUCGGCUUGUCGCAAGCACCGAAGCGGCCAAGAUCGACGUUCCGUUUCGUGAAGCUGUGGGAGCUUUGAUGCACUUGACGACUGCGACGCGCCCGGACAUUGGGUAUGCUGUGGGGUACGUCUCGCGCUUCAUGGAGAAUCCGCAGCAAGAACAUUGGACGGCGGUGAAGCGCAUCUUUCGUUACUUGCAAGGGACCAAGUCGCACGGACUCCGCUUCCAGCCAAGCGACAAGAUCGACUUUCGUGGCUACUCGGACGCGGACUGGGCCGGCGACCACGCUGAUCUCAAGUCGACUUCGGGUUAUACUUUCAUGCUGAUGGGUGCUCCUGUGAGUUGGGGAAGCAAGAAGCAGUCAAGAAGGCAAGUCGGUGCAUCGCCUGCUAUGCGAGAUUUUGGCGGCCGCAAACGAACCAGACCGGACCUCGUCAUCCGUGAAGACAACCAGUCGUGCAUCAAGAUGACGAAGAAUCCGGUGAAUCAUGGCCGCGCCAAGCACAUCGACAUCAAGUACCAUCACAUCCGUGAUGAGGUCAAGCGCGGGGAAGUGCAGCUCGAGUAUUGCGAGACUUCCGUGAUGAUGGCGGACAUCAUGACGAAGGGACUUCACGGGCCACGUCACAAGGAGAUGACGGCGACUCUCGGGAUUCGUGAGCAUUCGGAUUGA